GGGAAACCCCUUCGCUCUCUUCCUGCAGGUCCUACCCAGCAGUCGAAACAUGCCGGCCAAAGGUCCGUUGCAGUCUGUCCAGGUUUUUGGUCGUAAAAAAACGGCCACAGCGGUUGCUCACUGCAAGAGGGGCAAUGGUCUGAUCAAGGUGAAUGGGAGACCCCUGGAGAUGAUUGAGCCUGCCACUCUCCAGUACAAGCUGCUUGAGCCUGUACUGCUCCUGGGCAAGGAGCGCUUCGCUGGGGUGGACAUCCGUGUCCGUGUGAAGGGAGGUGGACAUGUCGCACAGAUCUACGCUAUUCGCCAGGCUAUUUCCAAGGCACUCGUCGCAUACUACCAGAAAUAUGUAGAUGAGGCCUCCAAGAAGGAAAUCAAGGACAUCCUGAUCCAGUAUGAUAGGACCUUGCUGGUGGCUGACCCACGGCGCUGCGAGGCCAAGAAGUUUGGUGGACCUGGAGCCCGUGCGCGCUACCAGAAGUCUUACCGUUAAACCCUGUAUAUUUUAUUCCAAUAAAUGGGACAAAGAAUUUA